AUGCCCGCUACCACCAUGGAAAUGCCUCUCUUCCUUUCCAGGUGUUCUGCGUGGAACCCGCGUUUCAGAUUCACGUCUUCAUUGUCCUUCCGCAAGAUGCCGUUUCGCAUCAUUAGCCACGGGCCUUUUGUCGAGUACAACUCCCUCGUUUAUGAUUUUGAUACCGGCGGGUUUAGCCAGCUCAGAAUCCAUAAGAGUAGCUUCUAUAGGAGCCUCUACACCUGCUACAGAGUUAAAACCCUCCGGCCCCGGCCAUUCAUCCCUCCUCUCAGGAGCUCUCCCCUGCGACUAGCUGCCCCCUGCAACCCUACAAGAAAAAAUCCUUCUCCUCCGGAAUCUCCCAUCCACCAUACCACUGCUCGCCCAGCGCAAGCUGCCUGCUUGCUUCUGAUAAACGACCCCAGAACCCCCACCACCACCACCACCACCACCACCACCAUCAUCGUCACCGUGGCGUACCCGCCAUUCCUCCUCUUUGGGGCCGCUGUAGUUUUAAUUGGCGACAUAAUCUUAUAUCGAUCUGUCAUCACCCACAGACACCCUCCGAAGAGCUGCUCUUCCAAGGCCAUCCCCAACGAUUUCAAUCGACGACGCAAGCCAAAAACUACCCAUGUAAAUGAUUACAUGCUCAUACGCUCCCGGCCCACAACCGGACGAAGCAGGCAGAGAGACGCCGGUCAGGGUUGCGAAUGUCGGCAGAUAUAUCGAAGGGACGUAGAUGGCGAAGCCCUGGAAAAGGUUGGAGAGCGCCAGGACCCAGAACUGAGGGAUCUGCAUGAAAUAGAACUCCCAUCGCCGCGGGGUAGUACAUUCUUGGCAACAGUGCUCCUGAGCAUUGUGCGGUAUUCGAGAGUCCCGAUUCCCCGGAAAGACCAUGCUUAUCGCGACAGUGCCAAUUACGGGAAUGUUGGAGUUGUGGAGAAACUGCGCGGAACGGCUGUAGUGCUCCUGAACACGCUAAAUAUGUUGAGGACUGUGGCUCACAGUUACAUGGCUGGGAGAUAG